CUAGCAGUCGCGUCCUCUGCAGCAUAAGCUCGCGUGCAGCAUCUCCCUCUCGUCGCGCAGCGAGCGCUUCUUGUCCCUGCCUUUCUCCUGUAUAGUCGAAUAAGAAAUGCUUAUAGAAUCCAGUCAGUCAUUUAUCAAUGUCUGUGGAUUAGUGUAUAUGGGGUCGUACUUGUUUUAUUUCGGUAUCUAAUUCAUCGAUCCUAUUGCAUAGGUAGUUGGCCUUCAGAGAGAUGCGCUUCUCAUCGGCUAGUAACUUAGCAUAAUCGCCUAUCUCUCCCAGUCCCAGCAAACUUGCCGCCCGCUCCAGACCACACAGUCGAUGGGUGGACCACAAAAUCUCGCUGUGUAUCCUCAGCCUUUUCGUCACGUCCUCUUCCUAUACGCGAGUGCGAAACACAGCAGGUAUCUAUGGUUUUCGAUCAAUCGAUCAGCUGUAUUCGCUACUGUCUGCAAUCCGUACUUGCCGCCGUCGUACGUCCAACGCCAUUUCAUCCUUCUUGAGCUCCUCAAUAUCGUUCUCCAAUUGCUGAAGAGAUCGCCUUAUCUCUUGCCUUCUUUCUGGGUCUUUGUGAACCUGCCCCAUCAGACGCCAGUAUGAGCCAUUCUUUAGGGCGAGUUGCAUCAGAAGCCAGAGAGAGCUUUUGUUUAUUUCCUCCUCCAAGAUCUCUGUCGGGUCAGGCUGCUGGGGCGAGUCGCCAGUGCUUGCGGCCUGAACAAAUGCCAACCAUGGGGCACACACAGACUAUGCAUGAAGGUCCGAUUGGUUGCGUUGAACCUGCCUGCCUGCCUCCCUUCUGCAUUCUCGCCUCCUUACUCUUCUGGUUCGAAGGCGCUUUUGUCCCAGCCGCAGGGCGGAAUACGCAAUCAU